AGAGAGGGAGGUCUCCACCAUGUUGCUGCUGUUGUCAUAUCUCUGUGAGGACGGUGAAGCCUUCAGUCUACUCUUCAGCUCAGAAACCCAGAAUGGCGACAAGUCGAGUGGCCAUCCAGUCAGCAGAUCAGCUGUCGGCUCUGCUUAAGGAAAGCACCAAAGUAAAAGAGCCAGAUUACCUGAAAGAUUACCUGAAAUGGGUUUCAGACUUUGUGUCCAAGAAUAAGAAGACCAUCGCCUUAAAGAAUCCAGCUGGUGCCAGGUGGAAGAUAGGAGGCCUGGAAGACACCAUUUACAAAGGGAAUGUUGGCAAGUUGAAUGGGUGGGGGAAAUUCUACCUUCCUAAGAUAGUAAAGAUGACGGUUGUAGGAGUAGUGGAGGGGACGUCGUGCCCGUGUGACCAGCUGGUCCUGAUGACCUGUGAGGACAGAAAGGUGUAUGCCUUCGAUGGAGAGGAAGAGGAGCUGCACAUGGUGGCUGAGAGCCUGGAGAAGCUCGGUGAGAAGGGACUGACGUUUCCAUCAUCACAGAGCUACUACAAAGGAGAGGCCUUCAAAGAUAUGACUGAGAAGGACUGGGACAAAGUGAGGAAGGGCGCUGUGGGGAAGAAGCUGGAAGCAGAUCAUCUUAAACUGGUGACAGCAAACAAGUCCAAACUCCUGGAGAAACUCAAAUCAACCAAAGCUGCUGCCUGAGCUGUUGUUUCACUAUUAGUUAGGAGGAGAAGAAAAAGGUGUGAGGUUCAGGUACCCUGUACAUAUUAUAUCUUUACUAUCCAUGGAACCAUUUCUGGUCCAAUUUUUUUUCAAAGAAAUGUGUCUGGGAGCAUGCGCCCCAUGUUUAAAAGGCUCAGUCCUUCCUGUCUUUACUGCAUGUCAUCUCACCCACCCCCCCUCCCACCUCUCUUUUCUUUACUGUCUACAGCUGUCCUGUCAAAUAAAGGCCCAAUAUGCCCUAAAAACAAAAAUAAAUCUUUCUGGAGCUGCAAAACAUAUUUGAGCGUAAAAUGAAGGUAGUUUCUCCCGACAGAUAAAUCAGCAACAAUAACCCAGCAGCGUUGGCAGUGAAAGCAAAUUCAUCUUUCCUCUAAAGAGACUUCCUCUUUAAAUGACAUAAGUGUUUGUGAAAGCUGCAGGGAGCCUGUGGAGAGGACUGAAGGCUGCAGACUCUGGUCUACAUUCACCACGUUGUUUUAGGGUUCUUUUGUUCGAUAAAUUAGUUAAAGAUUUUUGAUUCAGAGAGACUAUUCAGGCCAGAUUUAUUAUAUUGUUUCCUCCUCCACAUUAUGAAAACCUUUCUGUUUGCAAGAUGAACUAUUAAUAAAACAUUUUAUUCUCACUUCUA